GGAAAUGUUAGAAGCCUUUAUAGAUAAGGCAUGGAGUUGUUUUUUUGAAAAAGAAAAUGUUGUUGUUGGAAAUAAUAAGGAAUUUAUUGAAUCUAAUAAUAAAUGUAACAACAACAAAACCAACAAAACAAUUAAUUCUUCUUCCCUAAAUUCCUCAAUAUAUCAACAACAAAACAAUAUAGAAUCAAUUGAACAAACAUUUUUAAAAAUUCUGUCAGAUUUAGAUUUAAAUGAAGAAUGCCAAGCAGAAUUAAUUUCCCAACCUUUAGAAUGGAAAUGGAAAGUUAUAAUAUCUGGAAAUGAAAGGCAAAAACAAAAAGAAAAUAUUAAGGAGGGAGGGGGAGAUUAUUAUGCUAAAUAUUUAGAAAAAUUAUUAUUAAAUAUUGAAGAAGAAGAAGAAAAAGAGGAUUUAAUUGAAAAUAAUUUGGUUAUUAAAAAAUUAGAGGGGUUGGCUGCGACAUUAAGAACUGAAUCUUUUAGUUGGUUAGAACAAUUUCUGGGUGCUGGAGGAUUGGAAAUGUUGCAAAGAUUAUUAAAUAAAUGUAAUUCUCGUGGUUCUUCAGCAGAAUUAAUUGCUCUUCCUUUGCUUUGUUCUAUUCGGGCUCUUCUAAAUUCUACUAUUGGAAGACAUUGGGUACAAGAAUCGGCUGAAGCAUUGAAAUCUGUUGCUUGGGCAUUAGAUUUACAGAGUGUUAGGUGUAAAGUAAUUUCACUUGAAAUCCUUUCUGGUCUUUGUUUUUGUGCAGAAUUUGGACAUAGAGCAGUUUUAAAAGCUUUGACUCAAGUUAAAUUACUUAGGGGAGAAAGGACGAGAUUUCAACGUUUAAUUGACGAUUUAUUUAAAGAACAUGGAAACACUCCGAGAGAUACUGCUCGUGUUAGACUUGCUCUUAUGUCUUUGAUAAAUGCUUUGCUAAAGGGAGGCGCUGCGGAGCAUUCCCUAGAAUAUCGGAUACAUUUACGGCACGAGUUCUUAAUGUUGGGAAUUGUUCAAGUGCUUGAACAAAUCCGUUCGGCCGCUCCAGAAGGUUCUGGUUCUGCAUUAGAUGAUCAUAUUGAUCUUUUUGAAAUGAUGAGACAAGAAGAUGAACAAGAAAUGCAAAGUACCACCACUUUUGAUUCUGGCUCCACAUCCCCGAUUGAUUUUGAAAAUCCUUCAGUAAUGGCAGAAGUAUUAACUCAAAGAUUAGACCAUACUUUAGCUUUGCCUCAUUUUAUUUCUCUCCUUCAACAUUUAUUGAUGGUACCCACAGAUGAACGGCAUCUUCCUUUGUGGCGAUGUUUUGAUCUUUUAUUACAGCAGUUAAGGAGGAAUAAAAAUAUUUCUUUUUUAAUUUUCAAAAAUAGAUUAACAUUGAAAAGUGCAAUGAAUGGUUUGGACCCGUUAAGGGUUGAUCCUCAAUUAUCAGAACAACAACAAUUUAACAAAAAAUUAGAUUGGGAUGAACUUCUUGGAAGAUUAAGAACUGAGGCAGAAUGUGAAAAACUUGAACGAAAAUUACAAGAAACAGAAGAGGAAUUGGUAAAAGAAAGGAAGAGGAUUUUGGAAUUGGAAAAUUGUUUGAGUGAUUUACAAGACUCUGCUUCCCUUGUCUCUUUUUCUAGAGUUUCUGAACAUUCUUCAGCUUCAAUUUCCUCUUCAUAUUCUUCAUCACCUUCCGAUCCCUUCCAUUCAUCAAAUAAUAAUAUAUCUAAUAUUUUUGGGAACAAUUCCAAUCAGCAAUUACCUCCUAUUCGGCCUCCAGUAGGUCAAGCCCCUCCACCCCCUCCUCCAUCUGCUCGGCAACUUCGAUCGGGAAAUGAAACUUUAAUUAUUUCUUCAAAUAAAUCAAUUCCAAAGAAAAAAGUUCCAAUUCCUCUAUGUCCAGUCAAGACUUUAAAUUGGACACCAAUUCCUAAAGAUAAAUUUAAAGGAACAAUUUGGGAGAAUUUGGAUGAAAAAAAUAUUUAUAAUCAAAUAGAUAUUGAAGCUUUAAGUGAACAAUUUGCUGCGGGGAAAUCGGGAACAGAUGAACAACAACAAUCUAUUGAUGGAAAUUCUUUUACUUUACACAGAAGUUUAGCUCUUCGACAAGCUAAUCAAAUUACUGUUAUAGACUCUAGAAGGGCACAAAAUUGUACAAUAAUGUUAGCAAGACUAAAAAUGUCUCAUAGAGAUAUUCGGCAUACACUUCUUGGUAUGGAUGAAAGAUGUAAACUUUCUCGAGAUAUUUUGGAGCAAAUGUUAAAAUUUGUUCCUUUAAAAGAAGAAUUAAAUAAAAUGAAAGAAACUUUAACUAAAAAAAGAAAGCAACAUCAAUCCUUAGCUUUAGCUGACCGUUUUCUUUGGGAAAUGGGACAAGUACCUAGAUAUGAACAAAGGCUUAAAUGUUUGUGUACUAUUAGAUCUUUUCAAGAUCGGUGCUCUGAAAUUAGGCCUGGAAUUUUAGCAAUUUCUCGAGCAUCACAUACUCUUUGCAACAGUAAACGAUUAAUUCAAUUUCUAGCUCUUAUUCUUGCUGUUGGAAAUAUUCUAAAUGAAGGAAAACGUUUGGGGAAUUGUUAUGGUUUCACAAUUUCUUCAAUAGACCAAAUCCCUUCUGUUCGGUCUACAAUUCGUCCCGAUAGAAAUUUACUUCAUUUUCUAGUUGAAAUAAUUGAACAUAACUGGCCUGAUUUAUUUAAUUUAAAACGAGAAAUGAAUUCAGUUUUGGAGGCUUCUAAAGUUGAUAGACAACAAAUUGAAAAAGAAUUAUUUCAAUUAGAAAAGUCAAUAUUUGAAUUAAAUGAAGAAUUAAAUUAUUAUCAAAAGAAAUUUGAAGAAUCUAAUAAUUUAGAAGAGGGAAAAGAGGAGGAAGAAAAAAUUGUUUUAGAAAUACCAGAAGAACCUUUUCCUCAACAAAAAGGAGGGGAAGGAGGGGGAGGGGAAGGAGGGAAAUUAAUUCAACGUUCAAAACAACCUGAUAGAUUUGUGGUUGUUGUUAAAACUUUUUUGGAAGAAGCUAAAAAGCAAAUGACUCAACUUAGGGAAGAAUUGACUGAAAUGAGACAAAAGUUAUCAGAUUGUGUUCAUCUUUUUGGUGUUUCUAUUGACUCAAAACGUUCAAAUUCAGAAAUUAUUUUGCCUCAUUCUGAUCAAUUCUUUGGGCCAUUUGCUCGUUGUUUUAGUGGAUUAGCUGAUUGUCACCGGACAGUUAGGACUGAAAGGGAGGAAAUUGAAGCUAAAAAAAGACAAUUUCAAUUAAAAACUUUGUUUAAUCAACGAAGAAAAGAAAGUGGAAGAAUAAGUCGUGAUUCUUCUCAUUUAUCUGUUGCUAGAGUAUAUAAAAAUGGGGGAAAAGUGGGGAAAGCAGAUCGGGAUUUUGAGGCUAUUGUGAAUAUGUUACAAACGGGGGAAUUAUUUUCUGAAGAAUUAAGCCGAUUAAGAACUUCUGUCAGAAUUAAAGGGCCAAAAACAACAACAACAAUUGUAACUAUCUCCAAAUAAUUAAAAGGAAAAUAAUUAAAAACAAUUAAAAGCUCAAUAAUUUAUUUUUAGUUCCCUUUCCCGACAUUUUUUUUUGAUUAAAUUAAUUUAAAUUUUAAUUGAUAAUUUCAGAGGAAUUUAAUAUCAAAAAAAAUGUCGGUUACCUAAUUACUCAUUUCUCUCUAAUAUUUUUUCUCAAAUUUUCUAAAUUUAUUUCUAUUGCCCAGUUUAUUUUAUUCACUAACAAAAAAACAUUUA